AUGUCUAGUCUCAAGGGAUGGCAAGACAGGGGAGCAGAGGAAGGCCAGGUGCCAAAGGCCCUUUAUCACCUUACUCUCCUUGUUCUUCGUUUGCAGAUUACAUACAAGGCCGUUGGGUCUCUGGAUCCCAGUGCUGACCUGUCCAGCCAAAGAGGGAAAGUCUUCAAGCUAAGGAAUGAAACACAUCACCUCUUUGUAGGAUUGUACCCAGGGACUACGUAUUCAUUCACCAUCAAAGCCAGCACAGUCAAGGGCUUUGGGCCACCCAUCACAACACGGAUUGCAACUAAGAUUUCAGCACCGUCAAUGCCAGAAUACGACACGGACUCCCCCCUGAACGAGACCGACACUACCAUCACCGUUAUGCUGAAGCCCGCUCAGUCCCGGGGAGCACCUGUCAGUGUCUAUCAACUUGUUGUCAAGGAAGAGAAGCUGCAGAAAGCACGGAGAGCUGCAGACAUCAUCGAAUGCUUCUCCGUCCCAGUGAGCUACAAGAACGCUUCCAGUCUGGACUCCCCACACUACUUUGCAGCCGAGCUGAAGCCCAUCAACUUGCCCGUCACGCAGCCAUUCACAGUGGGCGACAACAAAACCUACAACGGCUACUGGAAUGCUCCACUUUCUCCCCUGAAAAGUUACAGCAUAUAUUUUCAGGCUCUUAGCAAGGCAAAUGGAGAAACAAAAAUCAACUGUGUCCGGCUGGCAACAAAAGGAGCUUCCACCCAGAAUUCCAAUGCAGUGGAACCAGAAAAACAAGUUGACAGCACGGUUAAAAUGGCUGGAGUUAUAGCUGGGCUUCUGAUGUUUGUUAUUAUCCUCUUGGGAGCGAUGCUUACUAUCAAGAGAAGAAGAAAUGCAUAUUCCUAUUCCUAUUACUUGAAGCUAGCCAAGAAGCAGAAGGAGACUCAGACCAGCACGCAGAGGGAAAUGGGUCCCGUGGCUACUUCCGACAAGACCUCUACCAAACUCAGUGCUGUUCACAAUGAAGAAGCUUUUUCUUCCAGCUGCCAAGAUGUUAAUGGAUUCACAUCACCCUCUCCUUGUUCAUUUUCUGUCCAAAGCAAAACCCUUCAGAGCAAAUCUUUGUUGAAUUCCUACUACUCAGUAUCAUCAGACACUGUUCCAUCGACCACGCUGUUAGACAGCAGCCACGGAGAGAUGACCCAGCCGACCCUGACCAUCCAGACGCACCCGUACCGGAGCUGCGAGCCCGUGGAGAUGUCCUACCCCCGGGGGCAGUUCCAGCCAGCCAUCCGAGUGGCCGACCUGCUGCAGCACAUCACCCAGAUGAAGCGAGGACAGGGCUAUGGAUUUAAAGAGGAGUAUGAGGCACUACCUGAGGGGCAGACGGCAUCCUGGGACACAGCCAAGGAAGAUGAGAACCGCAAUAAGAACAGAUAUGGAAACAUAAUCUCCUAUGAUCAUUCAAGAGUGAGAUUGCAACUCCUGGAUGGGGACCCUCACUCGGACUACAUAAACGCCAACUACAUCGACGGGUACCACCGGCCUCGCCACUACAUUGCAACUCAAGGGCCGAUGCAAGAGACAGUGAAGGAUUUCUGGAGAAUGAUUUGGCAAGAAAACUCCGCAAGUGUUGUCAUGGUCACCAACUUGGUGGAAGUGGGCAGGGUAAAGUGUGUUCGAUACUGGCCGGAUGACACAGAGGUCUAUGGAGAUAUUAAAGUCACAUUAAUUGAGACAGAACCAUUGGCAGAGUAUGUCAUACGUACAUUUACUGUACAAAAGAAAGGCUACCAUGAGAUCCGAGAGAUUCGGCAGUUCCACUUCACCAGCUGGCCGGACCACGGGGUCCCUUGCUACGCCACGGGCCUCCUGGGCUUCGUUCGUCAAGUGAAGUUUCUCAAUCCCCCAGAAGCAGGACCCAUUGUUGUGCACUGCAGUGCUGGGGCCGGGAGAACAGGGUGCUUUAUUGCCAUCGACAUCAUGCUUGACAUGGCAGAGAACGAAGGUGUGGUAGAUAUAUUUAACUGCGUGCGAGAGCUGCGAUCCCAAAGGGUCAAUCUGGUGCAGACAGAGGAACAGUAUGUAUUUGUCCAUGAUGCCAUUUUGGAGGCAUGUCUCUGUGGCAACACAGCCAUUCCAGUUUGUGAGUUCAGAUCCAUAUAUUACAACAUCAGCAGACUAGAUCCACAGACCAAUUCCAGCCAAAUAAAGGAUGAGUUUCAGGUAAUUUCAUAUCUCUCGGUCAUUGCA